CAUCUACCUGUCUCUAUAUGGUAGCCUGUUUUCGUCUCUCACUCUAAUACCUCAGGUUUAUGCUGAGCGCGGACGCAUCGUUGAUUGGAUUUUACCUGGCGCACCUGAGAUUUAGUUACAUUUCUACCUGGAUUUAGUCUCGGGGAAAAGGAAAGGCAUUCUGCCUCUUCAGUGGAUAGUUAGCAGAAUGUACUGAGACUUACCUGUGGUGUUACCUGGACGUAGAUUGGAUAUUGGACGCUCAAGGUAAAAUGGGAUCACGGAGAGACGCGGGGUUAUUGGAUAAGUGCCUGUCGGAUAUACGAGAAAAACAGACACGACUCCGUGAAUCUCAUUUUGUCAAGAAUUACAUCGCCAUCCAACAAGAACUUGAUGACCUCAGAGGCCAAACAGAUGACGUCAAGGAAAUUCGAGAAAAGCUAAAUGAAGUGAAGAAAUCUCGGGGUCAUACACGAGACUUUGAGACUGCCGACAAUGAAUAUUUACUAUUAGAGGAUGCUGCACACCAAAGGAAACGUUGCCUGGAAACACUUUUAUACGUCAGUGAGGUAGAGAACCUAUUUCAGAAUGUCCAGGCUGAUUUCGAGGACCGAGCUCUGUAUCUCAGUAACCGUCGGAAGGUGUUUGAGAGCGUGUACAGAGGAGAAGACAUUGCGGAGGCGUCACGUAUGCACAGAGACUGCGUGUAUGCCCUCCGUCAAGGCUGGGCGUGGCUCUCCAACCUGACACAAUGCAUGGAGGUGCACCUCAAGAACGCAGGAGAGUUCCACCAGUUCCAUCACGAUGUGAAGCACCUGGAUGAAGACAUGCACACAUUCCUGCAGUGGCUGAAUACAGAGGUGUUCCGGAAGCAGGUGCAGACACGUGACCCAGAACUAAUGGCGAGCCACUUCCGGGUGAUUAUAAACCAGCUGCUGGACUACCAAGGCCGUGUGGAGCGCCUGUGUGAGAGGAGCAAGUCUGUGUUCCCCAUCUACUUCCGUAAAGAACUGCCCCCCUACCCCCUGAAAGCCACGUCCCUAGUCACCUACACACAUCAACAGAUUUCGCUGGAGAAGGAUGAGGCUAUUACAGUGAUUGACAACUCCGAUCCAGAAAGAUGGCAGGUGAAGACGUCCGCCGGCCACGAGGUCGAGGUCCCCGCCAUCAUCCUUGUCAUCCCGCCUCCAGACCCUAAGUCCUUCAUUGAAGCUCAGAGACUUCGAAGUCAGCUGCACGUGCACUGGGAUACAGCUGUGCAAACGCUCAGACGUCAGCUCGUGCAGUUUAUGACAGCUGUUGCCAAGGAAACACAGUCGCGAGAGUUCCAGAGUCUCUCAUCCAAUCAGAAGUCAGCUUACAUGAAGUUGCUAAAUGAAGCAACACAAUUGCUGCGACCUGCAACCAAUGAAGAUCAGGAUUACAUCGCUUUCCGAAACCAGAUGACAAAUAUCCGAAAGGUCAUCAGCGGUGUUAAGCCAGGCCUAAAAGACCUGAAGAAUGGAACGGUUAAUAAAUGGAACGCCACAAACAAGACGUUUCGAAUUUAUACGGAGCUGCUCACCUACACGAGGACGUUCAAGAGAGACGUGUGGUCUCGUCGGGAGGAAGAACACCUCGUGGUCAGAGACCUGGAGAACCCACCAACCUUCACCUCCAAGGCCUACUUUGAAAGAGCACUGCCCGUGAUUGAUAUUGACAAUGUUACAAAGCAGAGCAGACUGACCACUGUCCGAUCUGAGAUCUACAUCCACGAGCGACACAGGUCCAAGAAGCCAGUGGCGCCACCUAGGAAAAGACGCGGUGUGAAGGAACAGAAAUCAAACAAACCACAAGACGAGGAGUUCUCAGAAACUACGGAGUACUUCGAGGAGAGGAAGACAUUUGUGAUCACUGGAGUGAUAGAUCCUCGCAACAAGCAGACGUUGAGUGUCUUCCAGGCUCUGUCUAAAGGCGUCCUGAAUCAGCAACAAGGGACAUACAAUAAUCCGGACACUGACUAUUCUAUAUCCAUUCCAGAAGCCAUCCAUCUUGGCUACAUCCUUGUAGAAUACAGGGAUCAUUUCGUUAACGGAGAUAUUGCCGAGAAUGGAUUUUCAGGUCUGCAGAAUUCUAUUGACACGAAAACAUUUGACAUAUCUGGUGUGAUAGAUCCUCGGACUGGGGAAUGGAUCAGUGUUAAGGAAGCUAUUGCUGCAGGAAUUCUUGACCCAAGGACGGGCAAGUUUAAAAAUCCAGUUACAGGGGAGGAGCUGACUAUUCUAGAUGCCAUCAAGGCAGGGUAUCUGAUGGCAGACCCAGACCUCUUCGCAGAAGGAGCCCAGGAGUAUAGUGCGUUCAUGUCUGUGGAACUGGCAGAUGUUUCCUAUAAGAUUUCAGGAAUCAUUGACCCAGCUACAGGAGAGGAAAUCUCACUCAAGCGUGCAAUACAGGAUGGUGUCAUAGACAUUGCUAACGGAGUGUACCGGAAUCCUUUAACGGGGGAAGUUAUGUCCAUAUCUGAUGCUAUCAAACGAGGCUUCAUUAAGGGAAGACCUUUUGAUCCUUCUCGAGACAAGGACGAUGGUGAUGUUCUGAAAUACCAACAACUUCAGGUAAAGAGACAGAAGUUCCAAGCUGCAGAUCUUGACAAUGUAGACGGAAUGGACCUUGCCAAUGCUAAAAUAGACCCUAACGAACUUCUUUACAGCAAGAUCAGAGACAAGAUCGAUACCAGUGCUAAAGGUAUCAGAGAUCCCAAAACCAAAAAAGCUCUAUCAAUAGAUGAAGCAUAUGAAAUGGGAAUUCUCAAUUUUGCUACAGCAGAAUAUGACACUCUUGACGGUGAAAUCAUGCCAUUACAGGAAGCGACUGCUAGAGGCCUCAUUGAACCCUCGGUGCUAAAAGAAAUCUUGAAGACAUACCAAGAGGCCAGUGUGGGAGAGUUGAUAGACGGAGGUAAAUUUGACCCCGACACAGGAUUAGUUACAGAUCCCAUAACAGGCCUCACCCUGACUCUACAGGCAGCAGUGUCUCAGAAAAUCGUCGACCCGGAGACAACGUUCUUCUAUGACGUCCCCUCAAAUAGGGUGAUGAGUCUUCAGACAGCCAUUGCCGCUGGGAGAUGUAAUCUCAAGACAGGCUGUAUAGUAAAGGGGGAAACUGGAGAGGAGAUAUCUGUGAGUGAAGCUAUUGAAGCUACUCAGAUCUUUGCCCAUAUUGACCCCGGUCAGAUGGCCGAGCACGCCGAGACCAUCUCCAAACUCCGUGGUGUAAUGGACACUAAGAUUAAGGGAGUGAGGAUCCCGACUACCAGUGAGGUGCUAUCUAUAGAAGAAGCUGUAACCUGUGGUGUUCUUAACAUUCCCGUUGUGGCCUAUGCAGACUCAAAGGUCAGUGAGGACAUUCCACUUCAGGUGGCGGUCAAGAGAGACCAAGUCGAACCAGAAGCAGCUAUUGCAAUCUUUGCUGCUUUUGAUAAACUCUCGCUUCAGGAAAGCAUAAGUUCGGGAACUUUAAAUCCAAAAUCAGGCAAAUUUGUGAAAGCAGAUACACGUGAAGCUAUUCCUGUCGAUGUUGCCCAGACUUCCGGAGUGUGGAAUCCUAAUUAUGUGUACUUUGUAGACAAUGAAACUGGCAAUGUUACCAGUCUCGGGUCCUUUAUGGACAGAGGGAAGUUCGAUCCUCAAUCUGGUAAGGUGAUCAGCAGUGCUUCCGGUCAAGCAAUGACCAUUGAACAGGCUAUUGCCAGUGGCCUGAUAACCCCAAGCAUUGAGCCGGAGAAGUAUGUUGACACAUCUACGACGCUUAAAGACCUUAUCGACAACGGGAAAGUUAAUCCCAGAUCAACAACAUUUGUUGCCCCGAAUGACCUUAGAAUGUCCUUGAGAGAUGGCCUUGCCCAUGGAUUCCUGACGAUGGGAUCAAAGGUCAAACUUGAUCCUUCCACUGGGGAACUAUUUUUGGUGUCAGAUGAAGAAAUUGUGCGAGCUUUGGUUGAUGUGAAGGAAAACACCGAUUGGCUGAGUGAUGUUGAAAAGACAAUUGGUAGUCAAGGGAAACCAAGCGAGAGGCUUGAAAAAUUGAAAAAGCAAUCUACAGACACUAAGGUUGUGAAGGCCGACAUCGAGACGCGGGAGCCAGCAGUAAGGUCCGCCAUUAAGCAGGCUGAAGACCUCAUUGAAAACAACAAAGGUGUCAAGAAAGAUGAAGGAGACCAACAGAUCAAGAAACUCCGCUAUAACACUGCUGACCUCAAAGUCAGGUUCGAUGCUGCGUCGAAUGAAACCACCACCCGCACCAAACGCAUGGAUGGUAUGUUCGAGGAGUUAGAACAGUUCUAUAGCAAGCUGGAGAACCUGGAUCAAUGGAUGGACGGUGCGAUCGAACGCACCCAAGACCUUCAGAGUUCCAAGGGCGACGUGGAGGCACAAUUCAACGCCUUCAAGGCUUUCGUGGAGGAGGUGAAAGAGAAGGAGGAGGCCCUAGCUGAUAUCGCCAAGCUGUCGGACAGCUUCAGGGAUGAGGCACAGGAUUUCGACCGCGAGGUUGAUGCCUACAGAAAGCGACUGCAGAUCCUGCCUACCAUUAACGAAGAGGCCGAAAAUGGCAUCCUUGAUGACGAGAUUGAAUCAAUUGAGGCAAAAUACAAGGACAUAUCCAGAGACUGUGCUAAGCACAUGGACAGGCUUGCCUCUCUCAUGAAGAACAAGAAAUCCUUCGAUGACCUCAACGAUAGACUCACUGCUGUCUAUCCGGCACUUCAGGAAAAACUGAUGCAAAUCGAGGAUAAAGACUUUGGUAAGAACCCUGCCAAAGAUGCUAAGGAUCUUGGAGAUCUGAAGGCAAUUAAGGCCGAUCUUAUUGGACAGGAGAGAAAGUUGAAGGAUCUGUCUGCAGCGGGAGAGAGACUGGCUGCUGGGUUGGCUGAUGCUGGUCUCAAGACUGAGGCUAAGGAUGUUCUGGAUACAGUGGACGGUCAGAAGGAGAACCAUGCUGCCCUCUUGGAGUGUAUCCAAGACAAGGAACAUCAGCUGGACUCUGCUGUUGCCCAGCAACAGAAUGUGAUGAGUCGGCUGGAUGGUGUUGUGGAUUUGAUUGCUGAUGCUGAGAGGAUUCUUAACACUCGUCAACCAAUAAGUCUCAACAAGGACAAGUUGGCACAACAGCUGCAAGAUCAGAGACUGCUGAACGCCGACCUCAGCAGCAACAAGGGUCUGAUUGACCGUCUGUCCAGAGAAGCUCAUGAUGUUUCUGGAGCCGAUGAGAAACUGUCGGACCUGACUGACAGGAUUGAAGACCUGGAGAGGAAGGCUAACAUGAGGACCCAAGAGCUGGAAGAUGUGUCAAGUGGAAUAAAUGACUUCGAGAACAAGAUGUCUGACAUUGACUACUGGCUGGACGAGUCAAUUAUGUCCUUGAAAAAUAAACCAAAGGGAGCUACACAGAAGGCAAUGAAGGCAAAGGUCGACGCCCUGUACAAGGAGAAGCAGGAGCGAGAGGAAGAGAUGGAGGGACUGAGAGAUGCCUGUAGACGCCUGAUGGAUGACGAUAGAGUCACUGAUGAGUACGCAAUGAAGGAGUGUUUGGGCGCUGUGGAGACGAAGUGGCAUGACCUCACAGAGCUGCUCGUGCAACAUGUCUCCCUCGAGGCUCUCUCGGAGAUAGACGGCAUGUUAAAGUAUCUGGACAAAGCAGAGAACGAGAUUAAUACAGCCGAACCAAUCAGCGUUGACCCCGAGACGCUUAGUGUUCAGUUGCGUGAUCACAAUGCCUUCAACGAUGACUUGAUGCAGAAGCGUAACGCAGUCAAGGACAUCAUCAACAAAUGUAACCGGAUGUUGCGGGAGACGACCAAUGAACAGACAGAUGAGAUCAAAAGUCGACUGGACAGUAUCAAAACCCAGGCCGACAUCGUGUGUCAGCUGAGCGCUGAUAGGCUGCAGCAGUUGGAGGCCGCCCACCCUCUAGCCUCGCAUUACAGCGAGAACCAAAACGAGGUCCAGGCAUGGCUGGACGAAAUGGAAGCAGAACUGAAAGCGCAAGGCAAGCCAGGAGAAAGUCUGGAGCAAGUUAGGAAGCAGUACGAAAACUUAAAGGGUACACAGCAGAUCAUUGAUGACCACAAGCCUUACAUUGACGACCUCAACUCCACCGGUCUUGAGCUGAUGGACUUGUGUGGUGAUGGCGAUGCCACAGACAUCCAUAAUAAACUCCUCAGCAUCAACGAGAGGUAUGAGAACGUGAAGAACCAGGCCAGACAGAAGGCCAGGGAGCUGAACGACUCCAAGAAGAAGCUGACCCAGGAGGUGUCGGACACACUGGACAACCUGGUGGAGGAGCUGGCUGCCCUGAAGAGCUCUGUAGCCAAUGCUGACCCCAUCCCAGCCACACCCGACAAACUGAAGAACGAUAUCGAUGAGAACAGGGCUGUGCUGGAAGAUCUGGAGAGACAAAAGCCUUAUAAGGCAAAAGCUGAAGAGAUCGCCAAGAAUGUCUCCGCCCAUGGAAUCGAGGAUCCUUCAGAAAUCGAAGAUGUGAAAGCCAAGGUUGCUGAGAUCAACAGUAUGUUUGUGGAGGUCGGGCAAGAAGCUCAAGCUCGUGACAAGAAUCUUACCAAGGCGCUCCAUGCCUCAGAGAAGUUCCAUGACCUCUGCAGUGACGUUAUGUCCGGUUUGCGCGACCUCAAGGACAGCUUGUAUUCUCAGGAGCCGCCAGGAGUAGACGCCGCUACAAUCAAAGAACAACAGAAUGAACUGAGUGGCAUUAAGAAGGAGAUGGAGAAGGCCCGGGAACUGAUGGGAGAGUGUUCCCAGAUCGGGGACGAGUUGUGUUCCCUGUGUGGAGACCCUGGCCGGAUUGAGGUUCAGAAACAGAUGGAGGAUCUGGUCAACCUGGCUGAUGACGUCAACGACAUGGUCAAAGACAGAGGCGAGGAACUCCGUCACGCCUUCCAGCAUGCAGACAAAUUCACACAUCUCUUAGACUCGGUGAUGUCAUGGCUGCCGCUGUCAGAACACAAGCUUGCGGGCAUGAGGUCGCCAUCCAGUGACCCGAAAACACUUGUUGAGCAGAUUGAAGAACUCAAGUUGUUCAAGUCGCAGACCCAUCCUCACAUCGUGGACAUGCAGCAGCUCAACCAACAGCUUGCUGCCCUCAAGGACGUGUCCCCGGUAGCAGCAGAGGCGUUGUUGCGGCCGGUGCAAGAGGCGAAUGAGAAGUGGAACGACAUCAUCAGAGGCAUUGGUGACAGAGAGGCCAAGUUGAACGACAUGCAGGUCAAGGUCGGAGAGGUAGACAAGGCCAUGUCUGGUGUCAUGGCGUCCUUAGACGCAGUUCAGCAGGAUCUGGAACCGCUGGAACACAUUAAGGGAGACCCCAAGUACUUGGAAACACACAUGCGCAAGCUACAGCUUUUGCAAGCCGAUCUACGGAAUCAAGAAAAGACGUGCCGAAAGUUAAACAAGGCAGUUCAUGAAAUCGUCGCACGGACAGACGGCGGUGACACGGCCUUGACCCACAAAUGUGACGACAUGAACGAGCUUCUUCGCGCCACACAAGCCAAUGCUAAAGACAAAGAAAAUAAACUACAGGAAACUCUAAGACAGGUCAAGAAAUAUCUUGGUAACCUUGACGACAUGCUUCAAUGGACGAAUGAUUUCCGAGCGGAGUUGAAGACAAAUGCCCCCUUCGGUGCUCUCCCGGAAACAGCAGAAAAACAGUACCAGAAGUUCCUGGAGCGCUGCGGUGAGAUGGACGGCCGCGAGAAGACGGUUCAGAACCUGCUGACAAAUGGUCAAGACAUGGUGGAGAAGUGCCGUCCAGAAGAUGUCACUGCCAUUGCAGAAAAACUGAAGAAACUCAGAGAUAGAUGGCAGGACACGAAAACCAGAGCCAGCAAGAGGAAGGAAAAAAUGGAGGAGCAUAUCCGCAAUGUCGGAGAGUUCAACAAUACUCUCAAGGCCUUCACUGAUUGGCUGAAUAAUGCCGAGAUCUCAAUGCGAGGCUUCAAGUAUCCCAGCAAGCUCGUGGAAAAGGUCACACAUCAAAUCGAGGACCAUAACGCACUGAAGGCGGACCUAGAAGCCCAGGCAGAGAAGAUGCUGACGUUAGACCGAACUGGAACCUACCUCAAGUACUUUGGUAGAAAACAAGACACCAUUUACAUCAAGAACCUGUUGGUUGGAAUCCGUCUAAGAUGGAAGAAACUGCUGCGGCGAACCGACGAGAGAGGGCGCUUGUUGCAGCAGGCUUACAAAGAGGAUAAGAGGUUCCACGAUGCCUGGAGGAGUUUGCUGGACUGGCUUGAAGACAGUUCCCGGAUGUUGAAUAAGUUCAUGGCCACAUCCAAGAAUCCAUCAGCAACCAAGUCCAGACAUCGAUGAGCUCAAGGGACAUUUCGAAAUUGGUUCUUUUAUUUGCAGAAAUUCCAGCACCAGUUGACGUCGAAGCACCCUCAGUUCUACAGCACCACCCGACUGGGUCGGAACCUGAAGGACCGGUGCACCAAGACAGACACGGAGAGGGAGGUGCUCCAGGGGAUGCUGGAUGAGCUGAAGAAUAGAUGGAACUCGGUCCGAUCGGUGGUAUCAAAAAGUCAGAACAAGCUGGACGAGGCACUGCUGACAUCAGGCCGCGUGUCUGACGCCAUCCAGUCCCUGCUGGAAUGGCUGCAGAAAGCAGAGGCCACAAUCUCCGACGAGCAGCAAGUCCUAGGAGACUUGGACACCGUCCACAUGCUGUAUGAACAGCAUCGGGCGAUCCAGCAGGAGCUGGCGGCCCGGGAGACGACAGUGACGACGAUGAAGACGGCGGGCAACAUCCCCAGGUCGCAGGCUGACGAGCUGGCCGAGUUGUGGGAGAGGGUUAACUACCUCAGCGACGUCCGAGACAACAAACUGAGGGACGCUCUCAAACUGGCCGAAGAGUUCCAGGACGUGGUCACGACGAUGCGAGAGUUUCUACCACAGGCUGAAUCGGCUUUGAAAUUCAGAGCAUUACCUGAAGACGAGGUGGCCAUCAUACAGCUGAUUGAAAAGCACGAGAAGUUCCAGGAGGAGCUGCGGAACCACCAGGAUACAGUGGACAAGAUCAAGGCCCUCGCUGAGGAGAUCCUUCAGGCCUGUCAUCCAAAUGCUGUCCGAUUUGUCAAGUACUACCUCACUAUCACUCAGACAAGAUGGGACCAGUUGCUGCAGCGUGCCAAGAGUCGAGCACAGAGACUGCAAGACGCCCUAAGGAACAUCCAAGGUAACGCUGCACUCCUGGAGGAGCUCCUGGCCUGGCUGACCGACGCCCAGGCCCUGUUGUCCACUAAGGAGAGGGACCCUAUCCCUGAUGAUCUCAAGGUUGUCGAGACACUGCUGAAGGAGCACCUGGAGUUCCACGAAGAAGUUACCAGUAAAAACGCUGAUGCUGAGAGACUGACCAAAUUGGUGAACAGUGAAUCAAAAGCGAACAGGCAGUUUGGAAGCAAUAUGCGGCUGAACGAAGUCGAUGGCUAUAACCCGCGAGUGGCAGCACUACAGAGCAAAUGGCGGACAGUAUGGCGGAUGUCAGUGGACCGGAAGAAGAAACUACAAGAUGCGCACGACACACUUCUAGAGUUGGAGAGCUUUAAGAAUUUCAACUUUGACCUCUGGAGACAGCGAUACCUGAACUGGAUCCAGGCAAAGAAGUUCCGAAUCACGGACUUCUUCCGGCGGCAGGAUAGAGACUGCGAUGGGUGUGUGACGCGGGAGGAGUUCGUCACAGGAAUGUUGAAAUCAAAAUUCCCGACCAACAAGACGGAACUGAAUGCAGUGUUUGACAUAUUUGAUAGAAGGAAUUACAUGGAAUACAAGGAGUUUAUUGAUGCGCUUAAACCAGAAAAGAAUAAAUCCGCCCGAGCGAAGGCUGCGAACAGGUCCAAGUCUGACGUGGAGAUGAUCCAUGAUGAGAUAGAGCGGGAAGUGUCGGCGUGUCAAUGUCGGCAUCAGUUCCGGGCCGAAUUCGUGGACGAAGGCAAAUACAAGUUCGGUGAGACAGAGAAAAUCCGAUUGGUUCGGUUCCUCAACAGCUGCGUGAUGGUGAGAGUAGGAGGAGGCUGGGUCACGCUGGAGGAGUUCCUGGAGCAGAACGACCCCUGUCGGUUGAGGGGGCGUUCAAAUUAUGAUCUCAGGGACACCCUAUUACUUCCUGACGGGUCAACUCCUAACACUUACGGCCGGAGGGGUAGCACCCCCGGGCGGAGCAUUUCACCCUUCCCCACAGGGGUGAGGCGACGCCAAAACGACACAGGAUAUGCGUCAUCGAAUUCGUCAGCCGGAAGUUCAGCAGAUUCGUCCUUGCGGCGCAGUAGAAUUACUUCCUCUAUGGUGAACCUAUCUAAUGCUAAUGGUUCUCUUAACAAAAACCCAGAGUUUGGUUCAACGGGGAGUCUAAGUCGUUCGAAACGUCUCAGUACUUCAUCUUCUAGUAUAGCAUCCAACCAGGGUGGUGGACGAAGCACGCGCACUCCCACACCCGGGCAAACACCCAGUAACCGCAGACAUUCUGGCGUGUACGGCACGCCCAGAUCAACCACACCCACACCUACAGUUGCCUUCGGGUCAACGCGACCCAGGUCGAGACCGACCACCCCCACGACGUUUUCCCCUCGUUCAUCGUCCACGCCUCAGCGACCCGGAAGUGUUACACCUACGAAGUCUAUGGUGCGCACGAGACGACUUCCGUCAACACCAAAGACACCAACAACACCUAGUACCCCGACAAGAUUUAAAUGAACCAUUCCAUUAGUGCAAACGGACCAUAAACCAGUAGCUUCCAAAUUUUAUUUACCCCAGGGAUCUUCUUGUGCGAUCUUUGACCACGCUGCAUAACUUCAGGUCAGGGUCACCGUGUUUGAAAAGAUUGAUCGAGAUCUGACGAAUCCCUGCCAUCGGCUUAGUGCGUCCAAUCAGAAUCCUCGUUACGCGUGGAGACCAAUAGUGUGCUUUGUAACAAGGAAUUGGUGCUCAGUGUUGUAAUUCCUGGGAGUUGUGCCUUGCAAUAUAAGUAGUGCAUAUUUUAAGAAUGGGUGUUGCACGGAGAGUGACGUUUUGAGACGUGUGUGGUGAAAGGAGCAGUGAGAUCUGAGAAUUUGUCUCAUAUUUUAUACAGCAAUAUAUAAGUUAUGGCAAGAGUUAUGUUCAUACAUUUCAUUAUAAAACCCAUUAUAUAUUCAUAGCGCGAUACACUUCAAAUCAAAAUUUUUAUGAGAUUAUAAAUAUUUUGUUGUUAGUUUCGUUAUCAUUUUAGACUUUUUACGUAUUAAAUAAUCAUGUUUUAUUCGGGGAAUCUGGGGAUAUGUAACAAUAGUACCUGGCCGUUGGUCAAACGCUUGUGAAAUACGUCAUAUAAACUGCGUUCUACGUCAUCAAAUGUUGCAUAAACCUAAAGUGUCUUAUUUUUAUCUGCAAUCGUGUAUUUCCUGCCAUGCUGUAGCAUUGAACAAAGAGUAAAAGACAUUGAAUAUGGGAGGGGAGUGUUUAAUAUCAUGUAUAGAUUUAUUACCACAUGUAAGUAUGAAAGCAUAUUAAAAUAUGUAAACAUUU